AUGCCGCACGGACCUGCCGCCGCCCUGGGCGCCGCACUGCUGCUGCUCCUACUGGCCUCCGAGUCGGCACACCCCGUGAUGCUGCGGGCGCGCGAGGCGGCGCAGUUCCUGAGGCCCAGGCAGCGCCGCGCCUACCAGGUCUUCGAGGAGGCCAAGCAGGGCCACCUGGAGAGGGAGUGUGUGGAGGAGCUGUGCAGCCGGGAGGAGGCCCGCGAGGUGUUCGAGAACGACCCCGAGACGGAGUACUUUUAUCCAAGGUACUUAGAAUGCAUCAGUAAAUAUGGAUCUCCAUACGGAAAGAACCCAGCUUUCGUCACCUGCGUGCAAAAGCUGCCUGACCAGUGCUCUCCAGAUCCCUGCGAUAAGAAGGGGACCCAAGUCUGCCAGGACCUCAUGGGCAACUUCUACUGCCAAUGCAGAGACGGCUGGGCAGGGCGACUUUGCGACAGAGAUGUCAACGAGUGCAGCCAGGAGAAUGGAGGCUGCAGCCAGAUAUGCUACAACCAGCCGGGCAGCUUCCAGUGUGCCUGCCACGGGGGCUACGCGCUCUCCCCAGACAGUCGGACCUGCCACGACGUAGACGAAUGUGCGGACACGGGUGCCUGCGGGGCGGCACAGUGCCAGAAUCUGCCGGGCUCCUACUCCUGCAUCUGCGACGAGGGCUACGUGUUCAGCUCGCAGGAGAAGGGCUGCCGAGACAUGGACGAGUGCACGGAGGAACGCUGUGAGCAGACCUGCGUCAACUCCCCCGGGAGCUACACCUGCCACUGCGACGGGCGCGGGGGCCUGAAGCUGUCCCAGGACAUGAGCACCUGUGAGGACAUCCUGCCCUGCGUACCCUUCAACGUGGCCAAGAGCGUGAAGUCCCUGUAUCUGGGCCGCAUGUUCAGCGCCAUGCCCGUGAUCAAGCUGCUGUUCAAACGGCUGCAGCCCACGAGGCUGGUGGCUGAGUUCGACUUCAGGACCUUCGACCCCGAGGGCGUCCUGUUCUUCGCCGGAGGCCACCGGGACAGCACCUGGAUUGUCCUGGGCCUGCGGGCUGGCCGGCUGGAGCUGCAGCUCCACUACCAGGGCGUGGGCCGUGUCACCAGCAGCGGGCCCGUCAUCAACGAUGGCUCGUGGCAGACGAUCUCUGUCGAGGAGCUCGAGUGGAACCUGGUGAUCAAGGUGAACAAGGAUGCUGUGAUGAAGAUCGCCGUGGCUGGGGACCUGUUCCAGCUGGACAGAGGACUGUACCAUCUGAACCUGACCGUGGGGGGCAUCCCCUUCCAGGAGAAAGACCUCGUGCAUCCUAUGAACCCGCGUCUGGACGGCUGCCUGAGGAGCUGGCACUGGCUGGAUGGUGAAGACACCACCGUGCAGGAGACAGUCAAGGAGAACGUGAAGAUGCAGUGCUUCUCUGUGACCGAGAGGGGGUCCUUCUUCCCCGGGACUGGGUUUGCCUUCUUCCACCUGGAUUACGCACGGACGUCGCCGGCCGGCGGGACGGAGACCACCUGGGCAGUGGAGGCCGUGGCUCGGGUCCGACCCGCCGCAGACACCGGGGUGCUGCUCGCGCUGGUGGGCAACAGCCAGGCCGUGGCCCUCUCUGUGGCACUGGUCGACUACCACUCCACCAAGAAGCUCAAGAAGCAGCUGGUCGUCCUGGCGGUGGAGGGCGUCACCCUGGUCCUGAUGGAGAUCAAGGUCUGUGAUGGCCAGGAGCACGUGGUGACUGUCUCUGUGAGCAAGGACAGGGCCACCCUGGAGGUGGACGGCACCCAGGGCCAGAGGGAAGUGAGCCCAGCGGGGCUGCAGGAGCGGCUGGCCGUCCUCGGGAGACACCUGGAGGGCCCCGUGCUCACCUUCAUCGGGGGGCUGCCAGAUGUGCCCAUGGCCUCGGCCCCGGUCACGGCCUUCUACCGCGGCUGCAUGACGCUGGAGGUCAACCAGAAGGCGCUGGACCUGGACGAAGCCGCCUACAAGCACGGGGACAUCACAUCCCACUCCUGCCCUCCCAUCGAGCCCGCCUAG